AUGGCUAGUGGCAAUACACUUCACUUCGACCCAGAUCUUCACCCAGACGAUACUCUAAAAGCGUUUAAUUACUUUAUACAAUCAUUCUACCUACGCUACGAAGCACAAUACUCUGAUCCACCAAAAGUGUCUAUUGACGCUGCAAUUGAACGAUGGAAACUAGCCAACGAAGAAGCCAAACCAACUCUGGAACAAUACGAUACGCUCAGGAAUGAGUGAAGAUCAAAAGAUCGAGUUGCAAAAUUUCUUGGAAUGUUCUCUUCGAGACGAAUGUACGCGGAUUGGCAAGUUGCCGAACCCGAUGUAACAAAAAGAGCACAGGCGACAUGGGAGUAUUUUGUUGCCCAAAUCCAAGCAUAUUAUAAGCCAACAGAAAACCUUACACUUAAGAAUCACAAGUUUCGCACACUUACUCAAGCUACACAAGAGGCAUUCCCUGCUUUCUGUAAUCGUGUGUACAAAGAAGCCCAACACUGCAACUUCAAAUGCCAAAAUGAUGACUGCACGGCAGAAGAUACAGCAAUACAAGAUCAGAUAAUUAUCGGGACAAUCCAUGACAAGAUCAGAGAAGAAGCCCUCAAGAACUCUUGGGACUUACCAAAACUAUGCAAAGAAGGAAUGCAAAUCGAAAGUGCAACUAAAGGGGUUAAUGA